AUGAUAGAUGCUCUGAUAGACUUAUUCACGGCCGUGGACGUGGACGACCGAGUCAAAGUCGUCAUCUUGACGGGUGCAGGCAAAGCAUUCAGCGCUGGAAUUGACUUGAGUGGGGACUACAGCCAGGAGAAGAACAAACUGCGACCUAGCGAGAUGCGGGACCCUGGAGGCACACUGGCGCUUGCCAUGUUCAAUUGUAGAAAGCCCAUUAUAGUGGCGUACAAUGGCCUCGCUGUUGGCAUCGGCAUGACAUCCACUCUAGCAGCGGCUAUUCGUAUUGCGCCGCGUAACUCAGAAUUUGGAUUCCCUUUUUCAAGGAUUGGUCUGACAAUGGAGUCUUGUAGCUCCUUUUUCCUGCCACGCAUGGUUGGGUAUAGCAAUGCGACGUAUCUGCUGGCAACAGGAAAGCGAUAUCCUGCCCACUCGCCUAUCCUCCACGGCAUCUUCGCAGAGCUUGUUCCUAAACCCGAGGAUGCUCUUCCCCGAGCUCUUGAGGUUGCGCAGGACAUCUUGUCCAAUGUCAGUACCAUGGCAAUCCACUUGAACCGGCAGCUCAUUUGGCGAAAUCCCGGUUCCGCGGAAGGCGCGCAUCUGGUGGAUAGCCCUCUGCUAUAUGACAUGUUUGGUGGAAGGGAUCACCUUGAAUUCAAAAAAUCCUUCUUUGAGAAACGUCAACCGGCAUUCACAGAUGCAUUAUCAAAGGAUGCACCUCGGACAUACCCGUGGUGGAACGAGUUUUCGGUGGAGACUCGACCAGAGGCUCAGAAAACCCCCAGUAGUAAACUCUAG